AUGACUCGAAUUAAAAAAACACUUGCAAAGAAGAGAAGCUUUAAUCAAGAGUUAAACAAGUUGGACGAAGACACGUUAAUUGAUGCACAGGAAGUACUAUUGAAUAGUCAGAAGGAACAACAAGGACUUGAACAUUCACAUUCACAUCCUUCACCUGCUCUUAGUUCUCAGGGUUCUUCAUUCUCGGUAUCUUCUAUUGAAGAUGAGGAAGAGGCUGCAUUAGAUCAGCGUCUAGUAAAACAGAUAACUGAAUUAUUUAGUAAAUCCAUGUUUUUAUUUUCAAAUUCAUAUGAUAUCACAAAUAGCUUCCAAAGAACUUUUGAAGAAAAAGGAAAUAAUGAUCCAACUGUUCCUUUAUGGAAAAAAGUAGAUAAAAGGUUUUGGUGGAAUGAGCAUUUAAUGCGUGAUUUUAUCAGACAAGAGUUGGAUGAAUGGAUUCUACCUAUUAUGCAAGGCACCUUACAAAUUGAACCGUGCCAAAUUGAAGGAUAUAACUUUGAUUUCAUAUUAUUAUCUAGAAGGAGCAGGGAAAGAGCUGGCAUGAGGUAUCAAAGAAGAGGGGUUAAUGAAGAUGGCCAAGUAGCCAAUUUUGUAGAAACAGAACAAAUUAUUAUAUUUAGUAAAGAUGAUAUAAAUCACGUUGCAUCAUUUAUUCAAACAAGAGGAUCAAUACCUGUUUUUUGGAGCCAAUCUCCUUAUAGUUUGCAUCCUAUACCUAUAUUGGAAAGAAGUGAAGAAGAAAAUGAGAUUGCAUUCCAAAAACAUUUUGCUACUCAAGAAAAAUUAUAUGGAAAGCAACUUAUUGUUAAUUUAACAGAGUUGAAAGGAAGAGAAGCGAUUGUUGGAGGACAAUAUCGAAAGCAUGUUGUAGAAUUAGGCGAUCCAAAUAUUAAAUAUGUUGAAUUCGAUUUUCAUAAAGAAACAAAGGGCAUGAAGUUUGAAAAUAUCAGCAAAUUAAGUAAAAGCUUAGAUGAUGAUUUAUCAAGAAUACAAUACUUUUGGGAAACAAAUGCAAAAGAAAAUAAGGAUCCUAUAGUGUAUUGUAAACAAACAGGUGUCUUUAGAACUAAUUGUAUGGAUUGUUUAGAUCGUACUAACGUUGUGCAGAGUGCUUUCGGUCGUUGUGUACUUAAUUUACAACUCAUGCGUUUUGGUAUCUCUGAAUAUCCAGAACAAGGAAUUAAAUAUUAUGAUCAAUUUGAAAGGAUAUUUAAUAAUGUAUGGGCAAAUAAUGGGGAUAUGAUUUCUAGAAUGUAUGCAGGCACAAGUGCUUUAAAGGGUGAUUUCACUAGAACUGGAAAAAGGAAUAUUACGGGAAUGAUGAAUGAUGCCUCUAAUUCAUUAGCAAGAAUGUAUUUCAAUACUAUUAAGGAUUUUUGGAGACAAGCUACUGUGGAUUUUAUCCUAGGAUAUCAUAAAGUAGAAAUUUUUAAACAUGUACCUCAAAGUACAAAAAUGUCUGCAGAGCCUGGUUUUGAUAGAAGAUGGGCUAAAAUACGAGCCGAUGCCAUUAAUAUCAGUAGUGAAAUUGUUAUAGUAGAUGAGGAGACCAAGAUUGGAGGAUGGACUUUAUUAUCGCCUAGUACAGAAUCUGUAACAUUUGUCUUAUCUAUGUUCAUUAGUAAAUCACCAAGGAAACAGUUCGAAGAAAAAGUGGUACUUCUGACAGAUAAAGCAUUUUAUGUUUGCAGUUAUAAUUAUGAACUGGAAAAGGUAAUACAAUUCACCCGACUUCCUCUGGAUACUAUUAUGUCUAUUCAAAUUGGUGAAUAUAUUUUAUCUUCCUUGACACAAGAUUCUAGAUCAGAAGAUCUUAAUUAUGGAUUUAUUUUAUAUUAUUCUAAAGAAGGUGAAAUUGUACGUUGGAAUACAGGAAGUAUUCAGAAUCAAAGUCUAGGUGAUAUCAAUAUAGUAAAUGACAGAAAUGAGGAGGAUGAUAAUAAUAAUAGUGAAGCUCGUUUAGAAGAAGAUGAUAGUCAAAUGAUUUCAUCUGAAGUACUAACUUCUUCAGCAGAAAAAUCUAUGCAACAGAACAGAGAGAAUUGUAUUAUCUUUAAAGCGACGGUGAAGUUGAAAGUUGUAAACAACAAAUUCAAAGUAUUGUAA